AUGGCCCCCGAAGUACAUCAUCUGUUCCACCGUCCCAUCGCGGACCAUUCCUUCUCCGCAGACCGUCAAACAUUGGCCGUGACUCGGGACAGCGCCAUCGAACUGUACCAACGGUCUGGAAACAAAUACGUUCUUCAAGAUGAGCUGAAGGGCCAUGACAAGACCGUCACGGGUGUAGACAUCGCGCCCAAUAGCGGCCGGAUUGUGACGUGUGCUCAAGACCGAAAUGCCUACGUCUGGGAACCUUCGCCCACCGGCUGGACACCUACGCUUGUCCUCCUUCGCCUCCACCGUGCUGCCACCACCGUCCGAUGGUCCCCAAGCGAGACCAAGUUCGCCGCCGGCUCCGGUGCCCGCAUCAUCGCCGUCUGCCACUUCGAAGCCGAGGACAACUGGUGGGUGUCGAAGCACCUCAAGAAGCCGAUUCGCUCCACCGUCACCUCCGUUGCGUGGCAUCCGAACAGCGUACUCUUGGCCGCCGGAAGUGCGGACGGGCAUGCAAGGGUGUUUUCCGGGUUUGUGAAAGGCGUCGAUGAGAGACCGGCGCCGGGAGUGUGGGGCGAGAGGCUGCCGUUUGGGACGGUCUGUGGGGAGUAUCUGAACAAUAGUGCAGGGUGGGUGCAUGGCGUGUCGUUUAGCCCGAGCGGUGAUGCAUUGGCAUUUGUUGCACACGAUAGCACCGUGACGGUGGUCUAUCCGAGUGGUCCGGAUCAAGCCCCAAGGGCCGUCAUUAGCUUGACUACCCAGUUGCUACCGUUCAUGAGCCUCGUGUGGAAGACUGAGGAUGAAAUUCUUGCGGCUGGAUAUGAUUGCGAGGUGUAUCGUCUUCAAGGAUCGGAGUCAGGCUGGUCACUUGUGGGAUCAUUCGAGCAGAGUGGACGGCCCGGAAUGCAGGCCCAGCCGGAAGAGUCGGCCCUCAAUAUGUUCCGACAGAUGGACCUGAGAGGCAAAGUCAAGGAUGAUACCCAGCUCAAGACGGUUCACCAGAACACCAUCACGAUGAUGAGACAGUAUGAUGGUGCCCCAGGCGCCUUAACGAAGUUUAGCACUAGCGGUGUGGAUGGUCGGGUUGUAGUCUGGUCAGCAUAG